UGUUCCAGUUUUAUUUUGACUGUAAAUACAGUGAACGCCCAGGUAACUUGCAACAUAGCAGGAAGUAGGUUAAUAAUUAAUUUCAUCAAGGACUGGCACUUUUGAUGUCACGGUGGAAGUAGGCUAUGGAUAAUUCAAGACAACUAUCGUGUUUCUACAGUUUGUCUUCACUAUUAGUAUUCACCGAACAAUCGUUCCCAGUCGUGCGGUGAUCAACAGGUGCGGCUCUGUGCAGUUCCUAUCCGAAUGUGCGUGAUGUAAAAAAAAAAAGUCGGAUUUAAAUGCAAUAUCAACAACGACAACGUCUCCACGUUAAAAAUAUCGUAUCCUACUAAACAGGAUUUUAGAGCCUUCCACUGCCAGCAUGUCACUGUUUGAGACUGAAGGAUCCCUGGUGCUGGACCUGAGCUGCCCCAUCUGCCUGCACCUCUUCUCCGACCCUGUGUCCCUGCCCUGCGGCCACGUCUACUGCUCAGCCUGCCUUGAGAAGUACAUGGACACUGACACGGCCCCCCACUGCUGCCCCGAAUGCCAGGUUGAGUACCAGGGCCCCCAGGGCCUGGUGAAGAACUUCAAGAUGUGCAGCAUCAUCGAGAGCUAUAAAGCCACCACAGCAGGAAAGGUCAGAUCCGUCACAGAUGGAGAUGGUGGUGAAUGCCACAAGGGGGUAGUGUCACCUAACCAGAGAAAUGAUGAUGAGACCUCUGAAUGUCUGUUAGACAUAGAGCAACAGGAGUUACAGCACACAGGCUUGGGAGAUGCAGCUGCAGCGCACCCUACUUUUCCGAUAAACGAACUGGUGGAUGUCAAGAUGGAGAUGGCGAUAAUGGACAAGUCUAAACUUGUUUUAGCGUCUCAGGUAACGGAGUUGACGGUGAGGCUGCAGAUGGCUGAGGACCAGCUGAGGAGGGAGGAGGAGAGGGAGGUCGAGGUCAGGGCCGCCAAUGCCCUUCUGAGAGGCAAGGCAACCAAGCUGCUGGAGCAGAUGACUGAGCUGACGAUCAACUACGUUACUGGGAUGAUGGAGUUGAUUGAAGCGGAACUGCUCCCUGCCGAGGAGAGCCUAGGCAGCCGCGUACGCCAAGUCUCAGAGAUCCGAGAGAAGUUGAGGGAGGCCCAGCUCCGAGCCAAAUCCCUCCUGACCGAGGAAGACAGUGGGGUGUUUAGUGAGGGGCUUCAGGAGGCACAACCGCGCAUCAUGGAGCUGAUGGCCCAGCAACCUCUAGAGGAGCUGGACCACGACAACACCGGUCCUGAGGCUAAAGUUAACCCGGACCGCGCUUGUGACGAGCUGGAACGGAGGAGCGCAGAGCUGAGGGAGGGGCUCGGGAUGGCCCAGCGUUCCCUACGCAACGUCCUCAACCCCUCAGAGGUGACCUUUGACCUGGACACGGCCCACCCCAGCCUGGUGCUGUCAGAGGAUCUGAAGACUGUGACCUUCAGCGCCAAAAAGCAGCCCUACCCGGCCCUGCCAACAAGGUUUAGCAACUUCCUCCAGGUGCUGAGCACCCAGAGCUUCUACGGAGGUGAGCAUCGCUGGGAGGUGGAGCUGGACGGAUCUUCUCCUUGGAUCAUAGGGGUGUGCUACAGCGGGAUGUUAGCACGCAGCGGGCUAGCGAGCGCCCUAGAGAGUAGCCGCGGCUCCUGGUGCCUGAUGUGGUUCGAUAACCUGCUCAGGUCCUUCGAGCAGGGCCAUGAUGUUCCACUGAAGAGAACCCCGGCAGUACACAGACUGGAGAUCACGCUGAGCUUUAAGACUCAGAGGCUGAGCUUCUAUAACGUCAGCCAGUGCAGUGGGAAGACUCACGUGUACACCUUUAAGGCGAACCUCACGGAGCCGGUGCAUCUGGCCUAUAGGAUGAUGUCAGGCCAACCGAAGGCACGCAUAACAGUAUGCUCUUGAACUGUCACUGGAACAAUUGAGAACCAUGUGAGAUUACAUAGACUUUUGUUUUUAUUAAUCCUGUAUACAUACCAAACUUUUGUUAUUUACAUUUAAUUUUGUUUCUGGUUGUAGAGACAAAUAGGUGUUUUGGUCUGUGGAUGGCAGUAGGGGAGAGUGGUGUAAGUUGAGCCACCCCUUGUUUCUAGGAAACCAUACACAAAAUUAAUAAUGUGACCAGAUUUUAUGGAGUUUGACGGAAGAAACCACAUGGAAAAAGUGGUAAGCAAGCUGGUCCCAAAAUGUUUCACGAAGUCUAAUAAAUAUUUUGUCUUAUAGGUUUCAUGAUUCUUGUAGCUGCAUGGUCUAAACCAAGCAUUUAAAGUGCAUCCUUGUAGCUGUGUGGGCUAAUAUAGUCAAAAUGUUUGCCUUGGGGUAAGUUGAGCCAAUGGCCACCAUACCCCAUCCAAAUGAUGAUUACAGUUUGUCAGUUUUAUGAAUAAUAUGCAUAUUAUUUUUGCAAUGUGUCAUCCAUAUGAAAUCAAGAGUGCAUUUUUAUUGUUACAGAGCAGACAUCAUCAUGCCCCAUGUAUACAAACGUAAAACAAGCAGGGGUCUAGCCCCCCUUGAGGUUCUUGAGAGAGCAGCCAAUGAAGGGAAGUCCAUUUGAGCAGCAGCAAGGGAUGAAUUACACUGAAGAGGUACAUUCACAAAAAAAGAAAACUAACAUGUACCUGUGCAAAAGAGAGGCACACAACACAAUUUAUCUGAUAACAUGAAGUCCGAGCUUGUUAAACAUAUCAAGAAUCUCGCGGACCAGUUUAAUGGGUUUAGUAGCCUCAAAUGCAGAGAACUUGCCUACAAAUUGGCACAUCGAAACAACAUCCCUGUCCCAGACAAGGGUAAGUGGUAUUGAACAGAGAAAUCUAUAUCUGAAUGUAGGCAUACAUUUAAGAUAUACAAUAUACCCAGUGGCGACCCGUCAUUCAGGGCAGGUGCCUGUUUUGUGUGUUAUUUUGGCAUUAAUAUGUGUCACAUAUCAGU